AUGGCGGAGCGGGAGGCGACGACUCCGCGGGCGCGCGAUUCCGUCGCCGUCGGGAAGGAAAACAACGACGACGACGACGACGACGUCGACGCGUUCGCGCGCGCCGGGAAGCGCCUCGACGACCAGGGCGGGGUCGCCGGCGACGGACUCCCGCACGCGAUGCCGUCGCCGAUGCGCAAGGCUGCGCUCGCGUCGCGUCGAAGGCGCGACGCGUUCACGGACCGCCUGCGGUCCAGGGCGGACGCCGUGAAGGCGCGACGGACGGCGCGCGAGGAAGAGAUUCGACUCGAGGAGGAAGCGCGCGCGCGAAUCGCGGCGGAGCGCGCGCCGCCGCCGCCGCCGCCGCCGAUGCGCGCGAAGCCGCCGCCGCCGCCGCCGUCGCCGCCGUCGCCGUCGUCGUCGUCCGAGAGACCGACGCUCGUGGAGAUGGCGACGCAGUGCGGUCUGUCGGACGACGACGACGACGAGAAGGCGCCGCGACGACGACGACGACGAACGGACCGGUCGUCGCCGUCCGCUUCGGAGCGCUCGAACUCGCCGAGCUCGAGCGGCGCGGCGUCGCCGCCGCCCGCGGCGCCGGUCGACCCGUUCGUGUCCAUAUUCGCGGCCGCGAUGGCGCCGUCGGACGACGAGCGCGGGUCGGAUUCGGACGCCGACGUCGACGCGUCGUCGUCGUCGUCGUCGUCGUCGUUCUCGCCGAUCCCGCCGCUCCCGCCCCCGGCGCCGCGACGCACGGUCGUCCUCGACGAGCUCGCCGCCGCGGACGCGCUCUGGAACGCGUCGAGGUCGCGAACGACGGGGGGAUACGAAUCGACGCCCGCGUACGCGGCGCCGUUGAGAGCCGCCGCGAACGACGCGAUCGCCGCGAACCCCGCCUUCGAAUGGUCCUACCGCGCGGACCUCGCGGCGUUCGAGGAAGCGCGGCGCGCCGCGGACGCGGCGCUGCGGACGUCGAAGCACACGCUCGCGAGCGUCCGCGCGCCGCUGCCGAGACCGAUGGCGCCGUACGAGUCCUUGCCGUUGAACAUCGCGACGGAGAGGACGUAUAUGUUACGCGAGCGAGAUUUCAAACCGUUGAAGCCGAUGCCGGAGCCGCCCGCGGCGGUCAAGGCGAGGAUGCUGAUGAACGCGCGCGCGCUGCGCGACGUGCUGUGCGACGACAACGCCGAUGAGAACGAGAACGAGAACGACUCCACCACACAGAGAAACGUUCGACGUUCGAGCGUUUCUCCACCGGUCGCGACGACAAAUCGCCGCGCGCCGAGGCUCGAGGACGACGCGAUGUCCGACGUCGUCGAGGAAGAGACGCCGCCGCGGCCGCGCGCGCCGGCGUCGUCGUACGCGAGAGACGUGCGCGCGAAGCACGCGCGGGCGGUCGACGACGCGACGCGUUCCAGAGCGCGAGCGAGAGGCGAAGACGACGGGAACGUCGGCAUUCUCAGCGCGGUGACGGGCGUGUUGGACGAGCUCGACGCGAGACUCGCGGCGAGAGCCGCGGAGGCGGCGGCGCGCGAACGCGCCGCCGAGGAGGAACGCGAGGCCAAGGCGCGCGAGCGCGAGAGCGUCGUGCACGCCAUCGCCGCCGCGCACGCGCGCGCGAAAUCCUCGAUGCACCCCGACGCGCUGACGCGCUUCGAGCGCGACGUCGAGGCGGCGUGCGAGGACGUCGCGCGCGAGAUGAUGACUUCGAUGCGCUUCUGGCAUCUUCGGCGAUGCACCGCGGCGGCGACGCGCGUGCAGAAGCACUACCGCGGACGCUUGGGCCGACGCGAGGCGAGCGAGCGGAAGCGCAUCAUGACCGCCGGGCUCGCGUACAUGAAGAACACGGUGUUGAAAGUGCGGUUCAGCGCUUGGGUCGUAAACGCGGACUACAACCGUCGGUCGAGGAUUCUGCUCGAAGCCGCGGACGCGCGGCGGGUGUGGGGUCGACGGGCGAAAGUUCUCCUCGCGUGGCGCGAGCGCGUCGUCAAGGCGAAAGAAUUCUACGACAGCGUCGAGCGUUUGUUCCGCGCGGUCGCGAUGCGCGACGCCGCGCCGCUGCUGCGCGGGUGGCGCGAAGAAGCCGCCGCCGCGAAAAAGACGCGACUGUCCGUGUUGAACUUGAUGCGAACGAUUCAAUUUCGCUGCGUCGGCGAGUGCUUCGCGAUGUGGUCCGAGAACGCCGCCGCGGCGGUGCGCGCGCGCGUGUUGGACACGAAAGCGCACGCGAGGGCGCUCGCCGCCACCGCGGCUGCCAUCGAGGACGCGACAGCGAAAGCGCACGCCGCGGACGACGCCGCGGAGCGAGCCGCGAACUUAGCCGCCGACGGGAAGUUUCACGAGGCGCAACUGAUGGCGGAGAAGGCGUCCGCGUUCGCGUCGGAGUCCGCGCGCGCGGCGGACCUCGCGGAGGAGCGCGCGAAGGGCGCGGGCCCGGAGAACGGCGCGGCCGCGAAGCAGGCGUGGGACUUGAUUAAAAACGUGCGGUCGAUCGUUCAAUCCGCGAAGGACGCGGCGGCGGGCGCGGCGUCGGGCGCGGAGCUGAAAGCCGCGGCGGAUGCGUUUUUUAAACGCCACCUCGCGAGGCGUUUUUGGCUCGCGUGGGCCGGGUACACGGAGUGGCUGAAACCGCUUCGCUCGAAAGCGGGCAGGGCGCUGUCGAUGUUCCGCAACAGCACGUUAUCGCACGCGUGGUACAAGUGGCUCGAUCUGUACAAGCGCGAGAAGGAGGAGCGAGAGACGACCGCCGUGCGCGCGUACAUGGCCGCCUAUCAGGCGCGUUCUAGUAUCAUCACACUGGUCCCCAUACGACCGCGUUCGCGUGGUGAACGCCGAUCCUUAAGGACUUUCGCCGGCGAUUCUCUGCGCCCAUCCCUCGGUUUCAAUCCCGACACACCUCGACGCCUUUCAACUCCGCUUCUGACGCCUUUCAACUCCACCCCGACGUUCGCUCGUGUGGACAAUCACCCUCAGGGACUGAUCAAGAAGCACAUCGCGCGUCCGAUCAACGGCGGCGGGAGUGGAAGCGGCGGCGGCGCGAUCGGGAGAGCGACGACCGUCGCGACGCCGAGCCGCGGGCGGUUCGGAGGGCGCGUCGCAUCCGCGGGGGCGCCGUAUCGGGGUCCACCGGCGGCGGCGGCGCCGCCGCCGCCGAAGACUAAAAAACCAACCGCCGCGAAGUCGUCCUUCGCCUUCGGCCGCGGGCCCGGAUACGACGCGCCGACGACGGCGUCGAAGCUGAAGAAGGACCGCGAGACGAGGGACCGCGAGCCGUUCGGGAUCGAUCUCGGCGCGGGCGCGUUGUCGCGCGCGAGACGAGAGCCGAAGGCGGCGGCGACGGUUUCGGCGAAGACGAAGACGGCGACGACGGCGGUUUACCCCACGAAAUCGAAACCGAUUCCGAAACCGGCGCCGUCGAAGAAGCGACCGCCGGACGCGGGCGCGAAGGCGACGUCGUGGGUCGAGGGCGGCGUCGACGCGUGGGUCGCGUCCACGGCGAAGUGA